GGAACUUUAUUUAACAUUAUGAAAGCGUUUCCAAAGGCAUCGAGGGUUUGAGCCUUUGAGCUUCACGCGGACUGCUUCAUUCGUAUUUUAUUUUGUCAUAACUCUUUUCGCGAAAACACCACAAACGCAGAGGUAAACCUGUUAUUUGUGAAACUUAGAUCUAUACGCACGUACAGAAACACGCCUGUUGGGGUUGACAACAAACGGACGUGUCUCCGGCAACUUGUGAGCGUUUUUAGGUUGAACAUGAAGACUGUAAUAGAUAAAAUCGUGUCACUGUCAAAUGGAGACAAUACCGCCGAACUUGAGAAGUACAUGUCCACCAUCAAAAACGACCAGUUAAUCGACGUCAUUACCAAUAGCGCGUUGAAGGGGAAGAAGGUCUGUGCCAUAAUUAAAGGCAUAUUUGAAGGAUCUCCCCCGAGUUCCACCGAAGGAGCAAACCGCAGACUUGUUGUUUAUCAACACUGCAUCCCCCUGUGCGAGUCCAGGGACCUUCAGACGGAGGUGGCAGCUGAUAUCAUCGGAGUUCUGAUGCUGGAGACUCAUGCGCUGUCCGGACCCUCGCUUGCACAACUGGCGUCUCUUUUCGUUGAAGCCAUUAAAGUAGGAAAAAUGGGAAGUGGGAAAUCCCUGGAGCUCUUUCCCACCGUGCUUACCGCACUUGCAGCAUGUGAAGCCUUGGCCUAUGGCAAAGGAGAUCUCAGUGGUGAGGAAUACAAGAAGCAGUUGAUCAACAGUCUCUGCUCAAGCAGAUGGGACCCACAAUGUGUUAUCCACUUGACAACCAUGUUCAGGGAUGUGCCCCUGUCAUCAGAGGAGCUGCAGUUCCUGGUGGAGAAAGUGCUACGAAUGUUUACCAAACUGGAUUUGCAGGAGAUUCCACCCCUGGUUUACCAGCUGCUCCUUCUGUCUUCUAAGGGCUGUAAGAAACAGAUCCUGGCUGGAAUCAUCGAUUAUUUUAAGGAGCAAGAUAUUCUCCAGGAAGAAGAGCAGAAAGAUGGAGAGAGCCUGGAUUUAGAGGUUCAGUCCAUUCCACAGGACCAAUUAAGACACGUGGAGGGCACUGCUAUCCUCCACAUAGUCUUUGCCAUACGACUGGACCAUGAACUCGGGAGAGAAUUCCUGAAAAGUUUUAAGACGUCAUAUGGCGAUCUGUGUCCUUUCAGUGCUGCCCUGUUGCUCUCAGUGACACGUAUCCAGCGCUACGAAGAGCAGGUGUUUGACCUUUUGAAGGGGGUGAUCAUCAAGAGCUUCAAGGAUGAGCAGCUGCAGCAGGGCUCCAAGUUCCUGCGGGACGUCGUGCCUGGCCACUGCAGUGUGGAUCACAUGAUAGUGGGCACAGUCAAGAACAGUGUGUUUGGAUGGGAUCAUGUGACACAGGGACUUGUGCAGCUGGGUUUCUUCCUCAUGGACACAUUUGGACCCAAACCUGGACCAUUUGGCAAGACAACAGAGGGGUCCCCUGCCAUAGCCAGGACCCCAGCCCAGCAGGCAUGUAAGCUGGGGCGUCAGGUGCUUCUCCAGGGCUUUAAGAUGCAUGAGCCGAUCAGGGGCGAGAUACUGGAGCAGGUCUUGAGUCGACUGGUCACAAAGACGGCCUCACCUGUCAGCCAUUACUUGGACCUUUUCUCCGACAUCGUGAGCUCUGCUCCCAUGAUCCUCCUGGAGUCUUCUUCCAAGGUGACAGAGACAUUUGACCACCUGUCAUUUCUGCCCUUAGCCACUGUCCAGGGUCUUCUUAAAGCUGUACAGCCCCUGCUCAAGGUCAGUAUGUCCUUGAAAGAUGCUUUGAUUCUAGUUCUCCGCAAGGCCAUGUUUUCAAGCCAGCUGGAUGGCAGGAAGUCUGCGGUGACUGGCUUCCUGUUGCUGCUUAAGAACUUUAAAGUGUUGGGCAGUUUGGCAUCGAGCCAGUGCAGCCAGGCCGUCUCCUCCAGUCAGGUCCAGGUGGACGUUCAUUCUCGUUACAACUCCGCUGCCAAUGAAGCGUUUUGUCUGGAGAUCCUCAGCAGCCUGCGGCGCUGCCUGGGUCAACAGGCCGACGUUCGCCUUACGCUUUAUGAGGGGUUUUACGAUGUUCUCCGUCGCAACUCUCAGCUUGCAAGCUCCAUUAUGCAGACCCUCUUGUCACAGCUGAGGCGGUAUUAUGAGUCUGAGCAAGACCUCCUGCCCCCGGUGAAGCUGGAGCCGUGCAUCACCGCUCACGGAGACCAAGUCUUCCUCCAGGAGCCACUGGCCCAUCUGGUGAGCUGUACUGUUCAUUGCCUGCUGUGGCUGCAGAACAUGCGGCGAUCGGCCAACGCUGCCGACGAUGAUGAUGACGACGACGAUGAGGAAGAGGAGGAAGGUUAUCAGUCUGAACUCCAGACAAUCCUGGAGAGUGUGAUAAGACGAAUGAUCAAGUGUGAACUGGAGGACUUUGAGCUGGACAAGUCAGCAGAAUUCUCCAUGGGAUCUAGUGUUGGAGUGAAGAAUAACAUCUAUGCAGUGCUGGUGAUGGGAGUGUACGAGGUUCUCAUAGAGUACAGCUUCGUCAAAUCCAACUACAGUAAAAGCUGCUUUGAGGAGCUCAUGCAGCUGUUUAACCGCUACUUCAAGCUGGCUGAGAUUUUGAAGGAGAAAUCUGGUAAAGGUCGAGCACCCUCGCACAAGACCCCCCGCAGUUUACUGUCCUUGGGCUUCAUAUCAACUUUGCUCACUGUGCUCUUCAGAGACAGCACUCAGAGCAAAGAGGAGGCUCUCUCAGUGCUGCGCUCCAGUGGCGAAUUCUUGCGUUACGCGCUCAGUGUCGCUGUACAGAAAAUCCAGCAGUUGGAGGAAACUGGACACACAGACGGCCCCGAUGGACAGAACACAGACAGGACUUUCCGCUUUCUCUGUGACAUGACGAGCGUGUUGAUGUGGCGUUACACCAACAUCCCCAGUGUGGUGGAGGAGGAAGGGAGGAAGGAGAAGAGCUCCAGCUUGUCUCUGCUGUGUCUGGAAGGUCUGCUCAGGGUCUUCACAACCUGUCAGCAGCGUUAUCCACACAAGAUGGCUCAGCUUCUCGCCAACAUGGAUGUUGCAGAGGACCACCCAGAGCCAGAUGAAGGCAACAACACAGAAAUGAACUUCUUCUAUAUUCGACAGUUUCAGAGGGCGCUGUUCACCCAGUUAAGUGGAGGAGAGGAGGCAUUUAACAGUAAAGAGGCUCAGCUACUGGUGAGCAUCCUGAGUGUGCUCUCACAUCAGCUGAAGCCCUCGUCCCAACAGUUUAUUCAGAUGAUCACAUGGACAGUGAAAAUCUGCAAGGAGACUGGUUUUGAGGAUCCUGCUUUUUCCAAGGGGCUGCUCUCUCUGCUCUUCAACCUAAAUGCUCUCUAUAAGAGUCCCGUGAGCCUGCUGCUCCAGUUAUGCCAAGACAUCCACAGCGAGCUGGGGGAUAUCGAUCCGGAAGUGGAGGUGGAAAAUCAGUCACAUUUUGCCAUCAUCAACACCAAGACAACUACGACUGCAACACUGCUGGUGCUGUCUCAGGUUGACCGAGUGCUUGAUGAAUUGGAGUGGUUGAUUGCCAGAAAGAAAAUUCAGACGGCUUCUGACAAAUCUGGCUCUGACGAAUCCACCCAGACCGCAGAUCAGCAGGAUCCCAUUGAGAAAGCGGUGACGCUGCAGCUCGGGAAGCUUCUGACCGCGUUAAACGAGCUGGUCCAGACGUCUCUGCCCUCUGGGACCUGCACCGCAACACUGCUGAGAGAACUGAGCCGCACAUACGCCAUCCUCACCACUCUUGUCAAAUAUUACAUCCAGGUGUGUGGUACCCAGCACGGUACGCUGCCUGCACGCUUCGAGAAGCUGGUCAAACUCUCUGGCUCACACCUAACACCACAGUGCUACUCUUUCAUCACACAUGCACAGAGUGCUGAACUCAAUGGUGCAGGUGCCGAUGACAAGAAGAAAAAGAAAAGGGCUGAAGUGAGCGUGGCUGCUUCUGCAAAACUUCUGCGAGAGACAAAGACCAUCCCUGAACUGAUCUUUAGCAUUGAACAGUAUGAGAAAUAUCUCAUUACACUCUCAAAGAAAUCAAAGGUAAAUCUGAUGCAGUACAUGAAGCUGAGCACCUCCAGAGAUUUCCGCAUCAACGGUGCUACUCUGAACGCUGCCCUGCAGGAGCAGGACGACAGCCAAGAGGCAAGUCCCAUCUCAUCCUGUAACUCAUGUAUAACUGUACUGUCAAUUUCACAUCAACGCAUCAUGGAUCUUCCCAGAAGAAAAGGAUGGUCUGUAGUAGCACAUCCCACUUGCACUUUUACUAGCUGCCUCUACAGUUCUAGUAUAGUGAAAAUGGCAGAUACAGAUUUAGAAAUUCUGGAUGCUUUAGUAGCUUUUAAAUCUGGCAUGGAGAAGCAUUUCUGUUUCCCUUUGUCAAGUCGAUAGAAGACAAUAUGCAGAUACUGUCAGACUGUCUGUAAUCUACACAUCUGGGAUUCUAUUUUUCAGUGUUUGUUCCAUCUUGUGCUCCUUUCAGACUCAAAACUCUCAGGAGUCACAGGAGACACAAGAACCCAAACAGAAGAAACGGAAACAGUGAGCCGACGCUGAACUCCAGUGUUUCACACGUCACAUUCCUCACAGGUCUGAAUUGCUGCUGAACAGUCUCUUGGCAGUUUUGUGCUAUCUUUCUUUGUUCAGUGAGCCUUUAGUGAUGUUGAUGAUUUCGUAGACGUCCAAGGCUUCGCCUGUGGAAAGACAGUGUGUUCACAUUUUACAAAAGCAACAUGGGUGUAUUUCCUGACACACAUUUCUAUUUUACAUCACUACAAGGACUACAAAGUAUUCCUGUUUCAGUCUCAUCCAGAUGAACUCUCUACUUAUUUUUUUUGUUAAGAUACAUGUUACUGUUAAGAAUUGUUCUGUUAAAGGUAGCACAGUUAUAAAGAUAUGAUACUUGUUUUAUCAGUCUUUGGUUACACGAACGGAAGAAAAAGUAAGAUCCCCUGAAGUUUGUUUUAAAAUAAAGUUUUCUUUGCUUUUUUCUUUCUCACACGGGAUUUUGUAGGUAUCAGGGGUAAAGUAUUGUACAUAGUGUUUUGUAUAGUUAAAACUUUAAAUGUUAUUUCAAAUAAAAAAUUAAAAAUGUAA